AUGUCCAGAGAUGCUGUUGAAGCCUCCUGUGACCGGGACCUGAAAGAGCCAACUGUUAUUGCAGUGCUGAGCCAAAUCAUCCAGUUCUCUGAAAAGAGCUGGAAAUCCCAUUACUACCAUCAACACUUUACAUUUAAGCGCAGCUCCCACCCACAGAGAACCCAGGGAAGAUGGACCCAAGAGGCUACAGCUGUGAGGAGAGCUGCUCUUGGAGAGAGAACCAACUUUCCAGGAGCAGCAGUCAACACAAAGAGGACUGGACCAGCCAAAGCAUCAGCCAAACCAUCUUGUGACCUAAAAGUAAAUGCCAGUGCGGUGGUGCCUCCAGUAGUCCAGGUCCAAGCACCUGCAGAUCCUCUCCCUUCAGUUUCAGAGGAGUCAGCUGAUGCCUCCAUGGAGGAGGAACUCUGCCAGGCUUUCUCUGAGGCGCUGCUCACUGUGCAGGAUGUCGACGAGCAGGACGCAGACCUGCCACAGCUCUGCGUAUAA